AUGGGCGGCCGCAUCUACGUGGGAAACCUUCCGAUGGACGUGCGUACGCGCGAGAUCGACGACCUCUUCUACAAGUACGGGCGCAUCGUGGACAUUGACAUCAAGCUGCCCAGCCGCCCGCCGGCCUUUGCCUUUGUCGAGUUUGAGGACGAGCGCGACGCUGACGAUGCCAUCCGCGGCCGUGACGGCUACCGCUUUGACGGCGCCCGCCUGCGCGUCGAGCCCACCAAGGGCGGCUACCGUGACCGCGGUGACCGCAACACGAGCCAAUUCGGCCGUAACUUGCCGGGCAGCGGCAAGUACGCCCUGGAUGUCACCAACUUGCCCGACGGCGCGUCGUGGCAGGACCUCAAGGACCACAUGCGUCCCGCGGGUGAAGUCAUCUACACCAAGGUCAACUCGCGUGGGGGUGGCGGCUAUGCCGAGUUCUCCAACAAGGAAGAUUUGAACCGGGCGCUGGACACGCUGAACAACUCGGAGUUCAAGUGCAAGAUGGGUACCUCUCCCUCGCCGUAG